AUGUCCUCAUCAACGCAAUCCACCGGUCAUACCUGGACCGAGGGCGACUUUGAACAUCCGAAUCAGGGAAUUCGUCAUCGCCUGAUUGUGGCUCUUGUCUUUGCUUUCACAUUACCUACUCUCGCUGUCGGCCUGCGCCUUUGGGCCCGAAGAAUUACCGGGAGUAGGUUAUUCCUGGACGACUAUUUGAUCAUUGCUGCAUUAAUAUUCAAGUAUGGAUGUUCGACAGGCUCUGCCGUUUUGCUGUCAAAUGGCUUGGGCUCACACAUCCAGACUGUCCCCAAAAGUAAUCUGGAGACAUUCUUCAAGGUUGGCUGGGCAAAUCCAUUUGUAUACACUACGAAUGUGAUGUUGAUCAAACUGUCCAUUUUGGCUCUGUACCGACGACUAUUCUCAACCAAACUCAUGGCGUUCGGCGUUUACACUAUGAGUAUCUUCGUCGUCCUGUGGACGGUCAGCAUCUGUGUUGCCGCCACUUUGAACUGCAUUCCAGUGGCUAGAUUCUGGGAUCGUUCGCUUGCCGGGGCUUGCAUUGACCCUGACAAGUUCUACUACGGGGCGCAGAUCCCCAAUAUUGUCUCUGAUGUCAUCCUACUGCUCAUGCCACAGGGGUUGGUAUGGUCGCUGCCUGUGGCCAAAUCUCAGAGGUUGCUCCUUUCAUGUGUGUUCAUGGUGGGCGGACUGGCUUUGAUUUUCGACAUUGUCCGUUUAGUAGCCAUGCUCAACUUGACAAAACAAGGCGAUGAUAUUACUUACAAUCAAAUGCCCGUCGUGAUGUGGACGUGCACCGAAGCCGGCGUCGGUAUCAUCGCCGCAUGCUUACCAAACCUUCGUCCGUUGUUCUCAACCAAAGGUAAAGGCUUCUGGUCCGUACUACGGUCUUCCCGCCGCGGUUCACGCGGCUCAUCUAAGGGGUAUUUGAAGAGCGGGAACAGCGCGACCACGAAUUCUAGCGGAGGGCGAAGCUCCGUCAAGGGUCCGGUCGAUUCUUGUGUCGCAGAAGAGGGAAUCGAGAUCCACAGCUAUAGCAAGAUUGUUGGGGAAUCGGGAAAAUAA